CCGACGUGUGUCCCCCCCCCCCCGGGGCGCUAUUUUUAGCUCGGGGCCGCUCCGGCUAUUUAUAGAUCAAAGCCCCGUGGCUGCGUCAAUGGAACCCCGCGUGCGUCACCGCGCGCCCCCCGCGCCCGCCGGAACCACCGCCCCUUCGCGCCUUGUUUGGCGGCUGCCGGAGCCGCCUGCGUCACGGGCCCCGCCCCCCGCCCCCGCCCCGCCUGCGUCACGGGCUCGGGGCAUGUAGCGCCCGCCGGGCUCCGCACCGCAGCCCGGCUCCGCGGCCGCGCCACGACGGGACGCACCGCCGCGCUCCGCGCCCGCUGCCAGAAAUGCCCUGCAUCCAGGCACAGUAUGGCAGCGUGCCCCAGAGCGUUGGGCUGGCUGAACGCUACCAGGCAGACUUCCUGAGCCCCGAGGCCGGCAAACUUGGCAUGGACCUGGCAGGCGCGGAGCUCUCAGCACCCCCCUCGCUGCCCAGCUUCAGCACCUUCAUGGACGGCUACGCUGGCGAGUUUGACGCCUUCCUGUGCCAGCUGCCGGCCGCCGGCCCACCCCCCACCGCUGCCUUCAAGCUGGAGGACUUCCAGGUCUACGGCUGCUACCCCGGCCCCUUCAGCAGCCAGCUGGAUGAGACCCUGUCCUCGAGUGGCUCGGACUACUACGGCAGCCCCUGCUCCAUCCCGUCGCCCUCCACCCCGGGCUUCCAGAACCCGCCGGGGCCGGCCUGGGACAGCCCCUUUGGGCCCUACUCUCCCCCCCAGAGCUACGAAGCCGUGCGGCCCUGGGCUGAGCCACCCAAAAGUGGCACCCCGCAGCCGGCCUUCUUUACCUUCGGCCCCUCGGUUCACAGCUCUGGGGUCCCCCAGAGCCCCCUGAAGACCCAGCCGCCAGUGCCCCGGCUGGACCAGCCCCUGGCGGACACGGACAUCUUUGCCCUCUCCCAGAGCACCCCAGCGGGCUUCCCCGGCCUGCCCCUGGGCCAGGUUUCACCCCUCCUGGACAGCCCAGCCCUGAUGGACGGUUCGCUGUCACCCACCAAGACGCGCAGCCCUGGUACCAACGAGGGCCGUUGUGCCGUGUGCGGGGACAAUGCCUCAUGCCAGCACUACGGCGUUCGCACCUGCGAGGGCUGCAAAGGCUUCUUCAAGCGCACAGUGCAGAAGAACGCCAAGUACAUCUGCCUGGCCAACAAAGACUGCCCUGUGGACAAGCGGCGGAGGAACCGGUGCCAGUUCUGCCGCUUCCAGAAGUGCCUUGCCGUGGGCAUGGUCAAAGAAGUGGUCCGGACAGACAGCCUGAAAGGCCGCCGGGGCCGGCUCCCAUCCAAACCCAAGCAAGCCCAGGACAUUUCCCCCGUCAGCCUCAUCACCUCCCUCGUGCGGGCGCACAUUGACUCCAUCCCCAGUGCUACCAAGCUGGACUACUCCAAGUUCCAGGAGACGGCAUCGUGCCAGCUGGAGAAGGAGGAGGCGGUGGACGUGCAGCAGUUCUACGACCUGCUCGCCGGCUCCAUGGAUGUCAUCCGCAAGUGGGCCGAGCGGAUCCAGGGCUUCGCAGAGCUGCCUCGCCAGGACCAGGACCUGCUACUGGAGUCCGCCUUCCUGGAGCUCUUCAUCCUGCGGCUGGCUUACAGGUCAAAGCCGGAGGAAGGCAAGCUCAUCUUCUGCAACGGGGUGGUGCUGCACCGGGCGCAGUGUGUACGUGGCUUCGGCGAGUGGAUCGACUCCAUCUUGGAGUUCUCUCAGGGCCUGCGGCGCAUGAGCAUCGACGUGCCCUCCUUCUCCUGCCUCGCCGCUCUCGUCAUCAUCACAGACCGGCAUGGGCUGAAGGAACCCAAGAAGGUGGAGGAGCUGCAGAACCGCAUCGUGGGCUGCCUGAAGGACCAUGUGUCGAGUACAGCGGGUGAGCCUGCCCGCCCCAGUUGCCUGUCCAAGCUGCUGGGCAAGCUGCCCGAGCUGCGCACACUCUGCACCCAGGGCCUGCAGCGCAUUUUCUACCUGAAGCUGGAGGACCUGGUACCACCCCCGCCCAUUGUGGACAAGAUCUUCAUGGACACGUUGCCCUUCUGAGUGGCACUGCUGAUGGACCUGCUCCCCUGCCCGCUGCAGUGCAGGAGGGGAGACGAAUGGCAUUCCCAGAGAGCCGGGACUCGCUGGAAGGGGGCUGCCCUGCCCCGUGCCAGCUGGGCACUGCCCACACGCCCUCUCUGUGGAGAGACCCAUGUGCCUUUAGGGUGACGGACUGAGACGCACAACGCCCCGUGCCUGCUGCCCCCCGCCCCCUUGGGCCAGGAAGUGCUGGCAGCUGCACCCCUGCCAGGCACUGGCUGUGGGGCUGGGGGCCAAGCUGCCUUCCCUGCCCCUGGUGUGCAUCGUCCCUGGCGCUGACCCCCCCAGCAGGCUCGUGCUGCCCCCAGGCCCCGGCUGCCCCCUCCUGUCGCCUCUUUUGUACAAAUAUCAAAGCUUUUUGUAAAUAGCUGAUCGUGGGGCGGGGGUGCACAGUGCCUGCCUUGGCCCCCCCCGCCCUUGCUGUAAAUAGCCCCAUGAACCCCUUGCAAAGCACAUUUAUAUUUGUCUAUUAUUUUUUUUCUGGAUUAGCCACGUGCUCCUCUUUUCUGAUGAGUAUCUAUUUAAUAUAUUAAAAUUAAAAAGCUGCGAGCCCC